AUGCGCGGUUUCUUUUUGUCCUUAGAAUUAGCAACUGUGCUGACAAUUGCAAUGGCUCUUGAUUCUUCUUUUGUUAUUGAGCAGCGAUCGAGUGCUUCGUCCCGUCUGACACCUGCAACUAUCAGCACUGAGUUGGGUCCAAAGUUGUCUGCCAAUUCUUCAAUCUUUGCUCAAAACGAUCCGCGAUGGUUCAAUGCAACGGAGCGCUGGCAGGCAUAUUAUCAGCCUGAUUUCCUUGCCGUGGUUGAGCCUUCGAAGGAGUCAGACAUUCCCAUCAUCGUCAAAUUUGCCAACUCACACGGAAUCCCUUUUCUCGCUGUCAACAGAGGCCAUGGCUCUACCAAGACUCUGGGUAGAUUGAAAAAUGGUAUUGAGAUCUCGAUGGCCCAACUCACUGACAUUAAGAUCGCCGACGAUGAAGCCUCUGCUUUCUUUGGUGGAGGUGUAUGGGACGGGCAAGUCAUCGAUUCCCUGUGGGAGGAAGGCUUCGUUACCGGAACGGGAAGUUGCGCUUGUGUGGGCGUUAUGGGCCCUGGACUUGGCGGAGGCCAUGGUCGUUACCAAGGAUUCUACGGGUUGAUCAUUGACGGAUUGAUUUCCAUGAAUGUUGUUCUGGCUGAUGGGUCCGCCAUAACUGUUUCUAACACCUCAUACCCUGAUCUCUGGUGGGCGAUGCGUGGGGCCGGCCACAACUUUGGCAUCGUGACUAGUUUCCAUGCUGAGAUCCACAAACGCACUGUUGAUGAAUGGUACAUUAGCGAAUUUGUCUUCACCCAGGAUCAGCUUGAGUCGGCUUUCGAGGUUCUCAACUCCCAGCAACAAAAUGGCGGCCAGCCGAAGGAGUUGAUGAACUAUGGUGUCUUCACUUGGAGUUCUGAAUUCAGUACGACAGAGCCUAUUAUGGAGGUUUUUAUCCAUUAUAUCGGCACAGCUGAAGAGGCAGCACCAUAUCUGAAGCCAUUCCAAGACUUGAACCCUCUAUACUCAAGCGGCGAAUACUACGCCUAUCCAGAUGUGCUCGAUGCAACCGGCACUGGCAUGAACAGCCCAAUGUGUCAAGACGGACACACCAAUAUGCAGUUCCCCUUUGGCUUGCUUGAGCACAACAUUAGUGCCACUCGUCAGAUUUACGACUACUACAGAGAAAUCACCACUUCACAGCCAUUGUACAACCAGUCCAUCGUCGUCUUCGAGGCUUAUUCGCUUGAUGGCGUGAAGGCUGUCGACUCAGCUUCUACUGCCUUCCCUCAUCGUGAAGACAAUAUCCUAUGUGAUGUUCUUGUUACCUACGACCCCGAUAGUUCCCUUGAUGCAGAAGCAAUCGCCAUCGGAAAGCAUAUCACGCAGCUCUGGGCCGAUGGUCAGCCUCACCGGAAACAGCACAUUUAUGUCAACUAUGCCUUCGGUGAUGAACCUCUGGAACAGAUGUAUGGAGAUGAGCCGUGGCGGUUGAAGAAGUUGCGUGCUACCAAGGCUAAGUACGAUCCACACAAUGCCUUCCGGUUCUAUAACCCUAUUAUCUGA